GAGCUUCUGGCCAGUGGGGGCAGAACUGUGGGACCUGGGCGAAGUGGCCACCUGCCCAGCACCUGUUUUCUCACCUGUGCAAUGUGAGUUGAUGCACCAGCCUGGCAGGUUGUGGGGAUUAACAGAGGUGAAACAGCCAGCGCAGCCAGGGCACCGGGGAUGCCUCCAAGUACAGAUACAGACUCAAGUUGCAAUGAAGAUUUACCGAGAACACUUCUGGGUGCUGAUGACAAAAGUUUCUUUUUGGACCAAGAUGACUGAUGGAAACCUUUCCACCUCUACAAAUGGCGUAGCCUUGAUGGGCAUUUUGGAUAGUCGACCAGGAAGCUCCCUUCAGAACCUGCAGCACACCCAGGUUCUCCUCGCAGCACCUGAUUACGGGCCCAGGCUAAAACUCGGUGCUUUAGAGGAUCAGCACAGCCUUCAGUCAGUGGACUCAGGCAUUCCUACCCUGGAGAUUGGCAACCCAGAACCCGUACCCUGCAGUGUGGUCCAUUUGAAGAGGAAACAGUCUGAGUCGGAGAUCAUCCCUGAGCGGGCCUUCCAGAGCGCAUGCCCAUUGCCAUCCUGUGCACCACCAGUUCCCACCAGCGCUGAGCGGGAGCAGAGUGUGCGGAAGUCUUCCACGUUUCCCAGAACAGGCUAUGACUCGGUGAAGCUCUAUAGCCCCACCUCCAAAGCCCUGAACCGCAGCGAUGAUGUCUCCAUCUGUAGCGUGUCCAGUCUUGGCACAGAGUUGUCAACCACACUGUCUGUUAGCAAUGAGGACAUCUUGGACCUCGUGGUCACAAGCAGCUCCAGUGCCAUUGUAACCCUAGAGAAUGAUGAUGAUCCACAGUUUACCAACGUCACCCUGAGUUCCAUCAAGGAAACCAGUGGCCUACACCAGCAGGACUAUGUUUAUGAAACUGAGGAGGGGAGUAAAUUGAAACUAUUGGGACCAUUUAGUAACUUCUUUACAAGGAAUUUGCUUGCUAGAAAACAAAAUGCAAGACUUGACAAACAAAAUGACUUGGGAUGGAAGUUAUUUGGAAAAGUACCACUCCGAGAGAAUGCUCAGAAAGAUUCAAAGAAAAUACAAAAGGAAUAUGAAGACAAAACUGGAAGACCUAGCAAGCCACCCUCUCCAAAGCAGAAUGUGAGGAAGAAUCUUGAUUUUGAGCCACUUUCCACCACUGCACUCAUCCUCGAAGACAGACCAGCAAAUCUCCCAGCAAAACCAGCUGAAGAAGCUCAGAAACACAGACAACAGUAUGAAGAAAUGGUGGUUCAGGCCAAAAAACGAGAGCUGAAAGAAGCCCAGCGGAGGAAAAAGCAGCUGGAAGAAAGAUGCAAAGUAGAGGAAAGCAUUGGAAAUGCUGUCCUUACUUGGAAUAAUGAGAUUUUACCUAACUGGGAAACAAUGUGGUGCUCUAGAAAAGUUCGAGAUUUGUGGUGGCAGGGAAUCCCUCCAAGUGUGAGAGGCAAAGUCUGGAGCUUAGCCAUUGGCAACGAGUUAAAUAUCACCCACGAGCUCUUUGACAUCUGCCUUGCCCGAGCCAAGGAGAAGUGGCGGUCCCUUAGCACAGGAGGUUCUGAAGUGGAGAGUGAAGAUGCUGGGUUUUCAGCAGCAGACAGAGAAGCCAGUCUGGAACUUAUUAAACUGGACAUUUCUAGAACGUUUCCUAAUCUCUGCAUUUUCCAGCAAGGUGGUCCGUAUCAUGACAUGUUGCACAGUAUUUUGGGCGCUUAUACUUGUUACCGACCGGAUGUGGGUUAUGUUCAGGGCAUGUCGUUUAUAGCGGCAGUAUUGAUCUUGAACUUAGAUACUGCAGAUGCCUUUAUUGCUUUUUCUAAUCUUUUGAAUAAACCCUGUCAAAUGGCAUUUUUCCGAGUGGAUCAUGGCCUUAUGUUGACUUAUUUUGCUGCAUUUGAGGUAUUCUUUGAAGAAAAUUUGCCGAAAUUAUUUGCUCAUUUCAAGAAGAACAACUUAACUCCAGACAUCUACCUAAUUGAUUGGAUCUUUACUUUAUAUAGUAAAUCUCUGCCCCUGGAUCUGGCCUGUCGUGUCUGGGAUGUGUUCUGUCGAGAUGGGGAAGAGUUCCUGUUCCGCACGGCCCUAGGCAUCCUGAAGCUGUUCGAGGACAUCCUGACCAAGAUGGACUUCAUCCACAUGGCCCAGUUCCUGACCAGGCUGCCUGAGGACUUGCCUGCCGAAGAGCUGUUUGCUUCCAUCGCCACAAUUCAGAUGCAGAGUCGGAACAAGAAGUGGGCUCAGGUACUGACUGCUUUGCAGAAAGACAGCCGGGAAAUGGAGAAGGGGAGCCCAUCCCUCAGACACUGAGGCUGCAGAUGUGACCCACGCUCAGCACUGAAGCAGCGCUCCAGCGGCCCUGUGUUGUUUCAGAUGGACACCCUGGCAGCUGAGAAGAACAGGGCCUCAUUUCAUGUUUGAUUCGUAACACUCGAAACACUGGAGGUGGCCUUAAAACAAACAAACAAACAAACAAACAGAAAAAACUUCUAAAGAAUAAACCAAGGCUUAGCCUUAAGAAGCUCAGUGGAACAAUGCCCUGGUGUUUGCCAUGGCCAAGCACUGCGUUUUCUGCAUGGUUUAACUAUAUGGCAGUGGCUAACUUCCUCCCCUCCUUUAUUUCAGCAAAAGUUAAUUAAAUUGUAAUGCUUUUAUGUCAACUACUGGAAAAUACAUUACAAUCUUUCUUAACCAAGAUGCAUGAGAAAUGUUAUUUGGGAGACCUCAGAGAUGUUUUUGGCUCAUAUUUACAUAUUUUAGAUAUGAAAGGGAUUGCUGAUUGAGUUAUUGAGAUAAUCUUUCCAGAGCUAGAGGUCAUGUUGUUAAAACCCACCUACCAAAGAUAGCAUUAAAGAAAAAUGGGCUCUCUGAGGAUAGGCAUUGAGUGCUCAUGGGCUCCCUGGGAAUCAACCCAACCUGCAGUUUGUCAUUUUACCAUGUUGCCUUGACAAAAUUACAGCAUGAAGGCCACAAGUACACACUUAGGUUCCAGUGGGAACCUGCUGUCUGAAAGAUCAUUCCCUGCAUCUGCUGAGCAAGGGUAGAGAGUUCGAGCAGGCAGAGUGAUUUGCAAAGGCCUGUGGCAAUAGAGUCAGGUUUAAGAGUUGAUGGAAAACAGCAUGGAAACAGCCCCCUUUUAAGUAAAAGGGUGGGGAAAGAGAAUGCUGAGACUUGCUCCUCUUCCACCCUACCUGUUUUUAUGGAGGUCGCAGUACAGUGGUGCAGCCUGUGGAAGCAGCACGGCACGGGAAGGUUGUUCCCUUGCUCUAACAGAAUGUUCUUCUUUGCCUUUGUCCCCUGGACAGGUGGAUCAGUCCUAAGUGCCAGUGAGUCCCUCCUCAUGCAUUUGGCUUUAGAAUGUGCUUCCUAAGUCAUUGUAGGGAUGGAGCAGUGAGCAGCACACAUCUAACAGCCCAGACAGUCUUGUCACAAUGCUCAAUAGCUGGACCCUCAGCACUUCCCCAUUUGAGCUGAUUUUCCCAAGGCCAUUGGCAAACUUUAUGUUCUAGCUUUUCCUUGACUAAUUUUGAGAGCUUUGUAUAAGAACUUAGGAUAUCCAAAUUCACAGAAAUGAACAGUUUUUACAUAGAGUAGCCUAAAUGACAGGCCAGUAUCUGUGGAGGCAGGUUCCUACACUGUAACCCAUUGGUCUUUGGCAGUGCUCGGCAGACCAGGUUCACAGGCACGGUUAGCUGUGCACGAGGGUCUCGGUGUGGUCUGCACUGUAAGGCCCUUCUCAGCCAUACUUCCCACCCCCAGGGAGUACCCCCAUGGUUGAACUUGUUUCGGAUUUUGAGGACUCUCUGGCUCUGUCAGUAUAGCAUGCAACAGAAGAUUGGGCUGGGGGCUGUAUAGUGGGACUAGGCUAAUAGUGGCAUUAUUUUUCUAAGUUUUAUAUGUCUGCCAUACCGCUAAUGAUCCUUCUAGGUACAAUAGCAAGUUGCCAAGCCAGUGGUCAUUCCCAUGCCUUCCAUCCCAACUCUGUGCCAUGUGCCAUUUGUCCUGGAAUCUACUUUCUUCCCCUGUGUUCUUAACUGAAUCUCCAGGGAGGUUGCAGAGCAUCAUGGAUACCACUUUCUGCCUCAGCCUUUAAAUGCUGACUUGCCUCCCCUCUUGGAGGAGGCAUUCUAUCUUCACUGGAGGUCUUGACAGCCUCCAGACCUAGCCAUUUUCUGACAUCAAGAUGCUGAAUGUAACCCAGACUGAGCCCUGCACACUGUCGUUCCUCUCAGAUGUACUUAUUUUUGUUCCAUGGUAUGGGCGUUCUGUUCUUUAGAGAUGUAUAUAUUUUCUUACUGCACACAAAGACGUUCCUUAAGUAGUACAGAAAGUGAUGCAGCGGGGCUUUGUGCGGCUUGUUCCGAACGCAGCUGUGAAACUUCAUGUGUAUUCGAAACUCAGCUCUUGACGUUUCUCAUCAGGCAGUUCGACAUAAAGCUCUUUGGAUAGCACCACGUAUGCAUUGAGUCCUUAAACAGGAUUCUACGCCAAUCUGGAACACUUACCAUAUCUGGAGUUCUUGCUAGUUCAGUACGUGCUCUUCAGAGGCCAGAAAAUUCCGAGUCCCCAUCCAGGCUCACUUAGUCCCUUUCUACAGAGGAUGCUGUGAGGUGUGGAGGAGUCUGUCUGUGUCAUUGUUCAGGUAAACAGGGAACAGACGCUGCCAUGCUGCCCCUUGGGAAGUCUGCACACUCCACUUCACGUGCCCUUGUCUUUUGGAAUCUGAGACUUCAGGUCCAGGACAUUUUGCAGCUUGCGUGCUAGAGUGAGCACUAGAUCUCCCCCCAGUCACUGAGAUCUUAUUUAGAAACACUGUUCAUUCACAAGGUACUUUUUUUUUUCACAAGGUACUUUUUAACUGUUCAGUUUUCAACUAUUUUAAAUAGUUUGCUGAAAACUUCUGAUAACACUUGCUACAUAUCAUGUUUUAAUUGCUUGUACAGUUAACCUUUAAUUUUAUUUAGUGGAGUGUAUCAAAUAGGACUUUUUUGAAUUGUAAAUAUGUGGUUUUAUUAAAUAAAAGUCAUGUAAAAUUGUUA